AUGCGCCAACGAGGAAGAUCAUCACAGCGCAACCAGUUCAGUCGUCUUCAGCACAAUCGUCGCCAACAAAGACUGCUAGCAGUGCGCCGACGUCUCCGUACGUGUCCUAUUCUUUACUGCCGAACGCACAUACUGACUUGUCAUAGAAAUCUCAACUCAGCCAUAGUCACGAUUGCAGUAGGACCAGAGCAACGACUCUUCGCCGCGCACGAAGAUGUCCUGUGCAAGUCUACCUUCUUCGCCAUUCAAUGUCGUCAGCAAUUCUUCGAAACGAACGGCAAGCGAGUAGAUCUACCAAACGAGUCUCCGGAAGUCUUCUCCGCGAUCUUGGAAUAUCUAUACAAGGGCGACUACACUCCGAAAGUAGAGUUCGACAAGAAACACAACAGUUGGUUCCUCGACGAGACACCUUCUGCAACGGGCUCGAGUGAAAGCAUCGUCCAUGCUGCCGAUGGCACUGCCAUCCUCAAAGACACUGUCAUCUACUGUUCCGCCCACCGCUACGGACUCGUCGAACUCCAACGUCUCGCCCUCAAGAAACAAGGCCUACAAUCCGGCGUACAGUGCUCAACAAUCCUCUCCUCAGCACGCUACGCCUACGCCAAUACUCCAGCCUCAGACAGCAAGCUCCGGGCACACUACCUCGCCCUCAUCAUCCGCAGUCGCAACACAUUCAAGCGCAGCGGCACGAUGCAGAUGGAGAUGGAACGAGGCGGAACAGCUCUGUUCUUCGACCUCUUCGUCGCAAUGUAA